UGCAUCGCAACUCAAGAAUAACAACACUGCUGGUCCCAACUGCUGCGGGUUUCGUCACAACCAUGUCCUCCACAACGUCCUCCACAACGAUGGCUUCAUCCUCAGCGUCGUCUGUGACGUCCGCUGCCGCUGCUUCUGGUACAAGCACUACCUUUCAAUUACCCUCAAGCCUUAAAGUCGUCGGAAUAAUACUCGCAGUAACAAGUGGCUUGUUGAUUGGCUCUAGUUUCGUCUUCAAGAAGAAGGGCUUGAUGCGCUCGCAGGCCGGGCAUGCAGCAGGCGAAGGUGUUGCGUACCUCAAAUCUCCAUUAUGGUGGACAGGCAUGACAAUGAUGAUAUGUGGAGAGUUGUGUAAUUUUGUUGCAUAUGCGUUUGUUGAAGCGCUUAUUGUGACUCCUAUGGGCGCACUAUCUGUUGUAAUAUGUGCCAUCCUAUCUUCCAUCUUUCUCAACGAGAAACUCACCUUUUUCGGAUGGCUGGGUUGUGCCCUCUGUAUUAUUGGUUCCACCAUCAUUGCUCUCAACGGCCCACAAGAGCAAACACCCGGUGAGAUAGAGGCAUUUAAGCAACUCUUCUUGGCACCUGGUUUCCUCGGGUAUAUGUCUGCCCUGAUUACUAUCGCCCUCUCUAUUAUUUUUUACUUCGGACCUAAAUAUGGCAAGAACAACAUGCUCUGGUAUAUAUCUGUGUGCAGCACUAUUGGCGGCAUCAGUGUGAGUGUCACGACCGGGCUCGGUUCAGCCAUAGUCACCUCCGUUAUGGGAGACAAUCAGUUCAAAAACUGGUUUAUAUACUUUCUAAUGGCUUUUGUGGUGAUAACGCUAUUAACGGAAAUUUAUUACCUGAAUAUUGCACUUGCGCUAUUCAAUACUGCUAUGGUAACGCCCACGUACUACGUUUUAUUUUCAUUUUGUUCAAUGGUCACAACCAUCGUCCUCUUCCAAGGGCUCAGCUCUUCUGUCUCGCAAAUUCUCACCCUUGUCCUGGCCUUCCUCACAAUAUGUGUCGGCAUCACGAUCCUCCAAAUGUCCAAGAUCGACCCUGCGCAGCUGAAGCUUGAUCGCCGGUCCACCAUGCUCCUUCAAGCCUCUCGCGCACCCACGGAAGACGCUGAGGAGAAGGGUAUUACCGGUAUGGAAAACCCCGGCAUCGAAGCGUUGCGUGGCACGUUCGGCACCAUGAGCAGCAUCAUUCGCGCCCGUUCAGCACGGAGGAUGAGCCAAUCAAGCAGGCACGCGAGCUCCUCUCUUCGGGCGCGUCCAGAUGACGGUCUUCCUUCCACACACACAAAUAACGCGUAUGAUGGGUUGACACGUCAUCAGCUAUAUGAUGCCCCUGUGCCGCAGCUGUCCGAUACAGAUCGCGAGUCGUCGUUUUCGUCUGGAUCAACAACACCAUACAGCCCGCGGAGAACAGCCAUCAAAUUCGGAUCGCAAGAUCUCGUGCAUUCGUACCGCCCGCCAGGUAGUGGGGAUGCGGAUGCCACGCAUGAACACAGGAACGCUGUGCAUUCUACACCGCUAAUACAAACAAACUCAUCAUUUCUGUAUCCUCCUCCACCAAAUACCGACACUUUGUUAAUGUCUGGUAGUUCGCAGUCGCUAGUUGUACCACCGCGUGCAAAUGAUGAGCCACCAGCACCCACUGUGUCGACCAUGUACCACAAUCCAAUCAAAAGUGAUCCAUUCGAAACCCCGACAACUCCCACGAUGACCGCAUUCCCCUCGUCGUCUGACAUGCUGCCAAAUAACUCUCCUCCACGAAGCCACCGGAGCCAGGAGGAUGCGCGCCCCACGGAACGCACGCGACGUAGCUCCUCAACGGGCAAGCCGCGGCGAUACCCGAGAGGUUUAGAUGACGAAGAGGAAAGGAUAAGCCUGUGGGAGCAACUAACCUCGCCGGAGAUGUCCGAAGAAGAGGUUGAAGAUUCAUCGUCUCCGGUGCAGGGAAUUAGGCUGGUGAAACCUAAUAGUUCUAAGACAUGGCUUUGAUAAGGAGUGUACGAUCAGAAAAUGGACUGCUUUUUGCUAUUGGACCUGAUACUGAUAGAGUAGUUGUAUCUAUUUGCAUUUGGAACUCCCCGCGCUUCAAGCUUCUGAUUGGCGAGUGGAGGCAUGAGAUGAGAUGGAUGACAUAGUGACCACUGA